AUGUUCAAUGCUGGUUGUUUCUCAUUACCGUAUGCAUGGCGGUUAGGAGGUUUAUGGGUAUCAUUUGUGUUGAGUUUUGUAAUUGCUGGUUUCAAUUGGUAUGGUAAUCAUAUUCUUGUUAAAUCCUCUCAACAUCUUGCAAAGAAAUCUGAACGCUCAUCGUUAGAUUAUGGACAUUUCGCGAAGAAAAUAUUACCAGUUGAAAAUAAACUGGAAACUCCGGAUGAUUUCCUGAAUAAUUUUGGUGUGUUACCAACAACGAUGAUACUGUGUGCUGUGUUUAUGGUUGCGAUUGGAUUUUAUGGAUACACAGCAUUUGGUGAUAAAACGCAGGCUGCUAUCACUAUGAACGUUCCGAAGGAAGGAUUAUAUUCAACGAUAAACGUAUUUUUAAUGUUGCAAUCGAUGUUGGGUCAUUCAAUUGCAAUGUACGUCAUUCUUGAUAUGUUCUUCAAUGGAUUUCGUCGCAAAUUCGCUUAUCGGUUCCCGAAUUGUCCCAAAAUAGUUGUCGAUAAGGGGUUCAGAAUUUUUUGGGUGAUGGUAACAUUCCUAAUGGCCGUCAGUGUACCUCAUCUAGAAAUAAUGAUACCACUGGUCGGUGUAACGAGUGGUACGUUAUGUGCACUCAUAUAUCCACCUAUCUUUGAGAUGAUCACUUUUUGGAACGAUUGGAAGGUAUUAUUUGAUAUUUUCUUCAGAUAUUUAUACUGUGUUAUAUCGAGUUUAUUGCCAUAA